AGGAGCCCGUCAGUCCGCUGAGCGAGCCCCGCUCCGCACACACCCGUCCACAGACCCGAGUCACGGCACCUCUCAGCACCAUGAGAGCCGCCCCGCUGCUGCUGCUCGGCCUGGCCGCCCUGCUGGCCGCCGGUGACGCCCAGGGCACGGCCAACUGUGACCUCGGUGACCCAGCCGGCCUAAGCGACUGCAUCAAACAGCUGCUGGUCGAGGCGCGGCCCAAGGUGGCCCAGGAGGCCGACCCUCUCCGUCUGCCCAACAACCGGGACGGCGACGUCGAGCUGUCCAACAUCCGAGUCCACGGCAUCUCCGGCUACAGCGUCGACGGCCUGUCGGUGUCGUUCCCCUCCGAUCAGCAGAUCGCCGUCAGGGCCACCAUCAGCUGGCCGCACAUCAACGGCAAGCUCGACGCCAAGAUCCGCAAGUGCAAGAAGGUCAUCUUCAAGAAGGUGUGCGUCUCCGUGCGCGGCCGACCCGAGGUGCGCGUCGGCCGCACGGUCGGCUCUCUCACCACCACCCUCAACGUGCACGUGGGCGCCGACGGCCGGAUCACGGUCACCGCCAGCGGCACCAGGGUCUCCCUCAACCUGGCCAGCAUCCGGGUCAAGGCCAACCUGCGCGGCGCCAUCGGCUUCUUCAACCGGCUCUUCGGAGAUCCGGCCAGCAAGAUCACCACCAAGCUGGCCAACAAGUGGUGGGGCAAGAACAAGGGCAAGAUCGAGGGCAAGGCGAGGGACGCGCUGGACAAGGCGGUCCGAGAGAAGGUGGCCGUUCACCUGGCGCAGCUGCUGAAAAUCUGAGCGGACAGCGGCGGUCAGCAAUGGCAUGACACGUGCUGCGUUUCCCACAGGUGCUUCUCGCAAGGUAGAGAUGGUUCCCGCUUUGUUUCAUUGACGUUGUUGACCUGCAAGUUGCAGCAAUGCAACUUUAUGACAAUCGAGCUUUAAUGGAUGAUCGCUGAGCAUUGUAUCAUUUAAGCUUUAAACUUUUUGGUGGAAUAUGCGUUGGAAUAUGAGUUGGCGCAUUGUUAAGUGACGAGUGAAUUAAGACAUUUUUAAACAAUACAUGACUGUGUGGAA